AUGAAAUAUGCAGUCCUUUCACUGACUUUCGGGUAUGGGAAAGAGAAAGUUUUGUUAAAGGAUAUCGAAUUAUGGGAUGAAAAUAUAAUCACUAAUAUAAAGGAUAGACCACUUAUAUGGUCAGGGAGAUAUGUAUCAUAUGUAUCAGUACAAAAAUUACCAUUAUGGAUAUAUGACAAGGAACAGCCAACACCGUGGCAUUGUUAUUCUAAUUGUUCAAAAACCUGCAAUUACUUUAAUAUCAAAUUGAAAAGCUUAAAUAGGUCAAUGAUAGCGGAAAUACACAAUAACUCAAUGGAUUCAGCAUCACAAACCCGACUGGCUCUGUUUUAUGUUAAAAAUAACUCGAUAAUGUGUAAAUUACUGUCCACAAAAUUAAAAUCAAAAAUUGACGAACACAUUACUACAUCUUCUAACGCCAACAUUAAUAGUGCCAUGGUUACCAAAACUAAUAGUAAAUUUUCAGUUAGCAAAAAACCCACCCAUAGUCUACUGAAUAAGAAAGUUCAUUUCAAUGACACUUUGUCAAAAUUGAUUCUUACAGGAUUACGAUUAAGAGAUAUUCCAAACACCUCUUCAGGGUUCACUAAGUUAUAUAAAAUGACAUUUCAAGCUGCAGAAUUUACACAUAGGGAAGAUGUUAAAAAAUACGACUAUCAAGUACCAUUUGAAUUGUUACAACAAACUGUAGAAAUAUUGUUAAAACUAUUCACAAAGACAUAA